UGAAAACGCUUUUCUCACACUUUUUGCAUCGCUUUCAAUCCACACAAAGACUUACAUAAUUGAUAAGUGAAUCAAACAUAACUGUAUUACAAAUUACAACUCUUUUGAGAUAUCAUUUCAUAUUAAGUGAUGGAUAGAAGAAUGAGUGAAUCGGAUGAGAAUCGUUUGCCGGGACUGUACGGCAACACUGCCCUCAGUUCACGGAUAACACAAUUUCAGGAAAAGGCGGAUCAGCACAAAGAGAAACAGAAAUUGAAUCCUUUCUCGGGAUCCUUCGACGCCGUGUCAGCCGCUAAACAGAAGCUCAAUAAAGAGGAUUCCAAUUAUGGCCGACCGGUUGAGGGCAGCAAAACGGAACAGAGGGGCAAACAGGCGGCGCAACUGCUCUUCAAUGAGAUCAAGUUGUUGUGUGAGAUAAUAAAGAAACACGGGGUGGAUGCGGGUGAGGGACGCACUACUAUGACAUUUAAGGAGUUGUUCGAACUCUAUAAAGUCAUCUCUAAUAAAGUGGUCGGUCUUCUCAUAAGAGCCCGAAAGCACCGUUUGGUUGACUUCGAGGGAGAAAUGCUAUAUCAGGGAAGGGAUGACAAGAUUGUCAUCACUUUAUUGCGAGAACUCCACGAGAAAGACAUCGAAGAGUUCGCAAAAACCAAAGAAUAACACAUUUUCCACUAACAAUUCGAUUAACUUUUAUUGACAUUA